AUGACAACCACAUUAAAACCAGAAGAAGAACUUGCUUUAAGUCAUAUAUUUGUCUUGCAAGAGGAAAAUCUUCAAGGGUUGUCUCAAUACUUCAAAGAAGAAUUAUGGCAACAAUUAUUUGACAAUAUACGAAGCAAAUACCCACACCAACCAGUACCAACAGCAGUUCUUGACCUUGUUAACAAAGUCAUGAAUGUAAUGGCAGAAAAUAAUACAUCAUCUUUUAGUGAUGACUACAAUGAAGAUACCUUUAUUCACGAUAUUAUCGAACCUGUUGUUAAGCCGUUCUUUGCUAAUAACAGGAGAACAGCUAUGAAGUGGUCCAACACAACUUCAAUAUCUUCGGCUCAAAUGAAAAAAAAGUUCGACCCAACUUUAAUGGGAGUCAGACCUGACUUUAUUGUUCAUACUAUAAAUUAUAACAAUUACAUUGAACUACUAAUUGGAGAAUUCAAACCACCUGGUACAAAAGUAUCUUUAGUGAAUGAAGAUUUCGUAUGUCUUGGUAAGACAAUGAAAUAUUGUCUGGACAAAGGAAUUGAGGAUGGAAUGGAGGAUCUUGUUAUUGGUGGACUUCAAGUUAUUGGGUUUUUAGGACGUAUUUAUAUUAUGGAUCUUUGUUUUGAUGGAGUUUAUAGAAUGAUAUUACUUGGUGAAAUUCUAUUUCCUGAAGGUAUUGCUACAUGGGGAACUUUAAUUAGAUGUUUUCAGGUGCUAAGUACAUUAAAGGCAAGCAAACAAAUUCAACAUGAAGAAAUAAUAGCAAUUAUCUUGAUUAUCUUAAUGUUCUAUUUGUUAAUAAUGCAUCUUUUAGAAUUUUGUCAAUAA